AUGCUCAGGGAAGGCAGUGUGGCCUAUGAGGGCACCUGGCAAGCAGGGCUCCCAGAGGCCCACUGGGCCACAGUGGAGGUCCUUACCCUGUGGCUGGAGCAGUGGGUCCUGGCCUUCGAGAUCUUCAUCCCCCUGGUGCUGUUCUUCAUCCUGCUGGGGCUGCGGCAGAAGAAGCCUACCAUCUCCGUGAAGGAAGCCUUCUACACAGCGGCGCCCCUGACGUCCGCCGGCAUUCUGCCUGUCAUGCAGUCGCUGUGCCCGGACGGCCAGCGGGACGAGUUCGGCUUCCUGCAGUACGCCAACUCCACGGUCACGCAGCUGCUCGAGCGCCUGGACCGUGUGGUGGAGGAAGGCAACCUGUUCGACCCAGCGCGGCCCAGCCUGGGCUCAGAGCUCGAGGCCCUGCGCCAGCAUCUGGAGGCCCUCAGUGCGGGCCCAGGCACCUCGGGGAGCCACGUGGACAGAUCCACAGUGUCUUCCUUCUCUCUGGACUCGGUGGCCAGAGACCCGCAGGAGCUCUGGCGUUUCCUGACGCAAAACCUGUCGCUGCCCAAUAGCACAGCCCAAGCCCUCCUGGCCGCCCGUGUGGACCCUCCCGAGGUCUACCACCUGCUCUUUGGUCCCUCGUCUGCCCUGGAUUCACAGUCCAGCCUCCACAAGGGUCAGGAGCCCUGGAGCCACCUAGGGAGCAAUCCCCUGUUCCGGAUGGAGGAGCUGCUGCUGGCUCCUGCCCUCCUGGAACAGCUCACCUGCACGCCAGGCUCCGGGAAGCUGGGCCGAAUCCUCACUGUGCCUGAGAGUCAGAAGGGGGCCCUGCAGGGCUACCAGGAUGCUGUCUGCAGUGGGCAGGCUGCUGCACGUGCCAGGCGUUUCUCUGGGCUGGCCGAUGAGCUCCGGAACCAGCUGGACAUGGCCAAAGUCUCCCAGCAGCUGGGCCUGGAUGCCCCCAACGGCUCAGACUCCCCGCCACAGGCGCCAUCCCCACGGAGGCUGCAGGCGCUUCUGGGGGACCUGCUGGAUGCCCAGAAGGUUCUGCAGGAUGUGGAUGUCCUGUCGGCCCUGGCCCUGCUACUGCCCCAGGGUGCCUGCACUGGCCGGACCCCCGGACCCCCAGCCAGCGGUGCGGGUGGGGUGGCCAAUGGCACUGGGGCAGGGACAGUCGUGGGCCCCAACGCCACCGCUGAGGAGGGUGCACCCUCUGCUGCAGCACCGGCCUCCCCAGACACGCUGCAGGGCCAGUGCUCAGCCUUCGUGCAGCUCUGGGCCGGCCUGCAGCCCAUAUUGUGUGGCAACAACCGCACCAUUGAGCCCGAGGCGCUGCGGCGGGGCAACAUGAGCUCCCUGGGCUUCACGAGCAAGGAACAGCGGAACCUGGGCCUCCUCGUGCACCUCAUGACCAGCAACCCCAAAAUCCUGUACGCGCCUGCGGGCUCUGAGGUCGACCGCGUCAUCCUCAAGGCCAAUGAGACUUUUGCCUUUGUGGGCAACGUGACUCACUAUGCCCAGGUCUGGCUCAACAUCUCGGCCGAGAUUCGCAGCUUCCUGGAGCAGGGCAGGCUGCAGCAACACCUGCACUGGCUACAGCAGUACGUAGCGGAGCUGCGGCUGCACCCCGAGGCACUGAACCUGUCGCUGGAUGAGCUGCCGCCGGCCCUGAGACAGGACAACUUCUCGCUGCCCAGUGGCAUGGCCCUCCUGCAGCAGCUGGAUACCAUUGACAACGCGGCCUGCGGCUGGAUCCAGUUCAUGUCCAAGGUGAGCGUGGACAUCUUCAAGGGCUUCCCGGACGAGGAGAGCAUUGUCAACUACACGCUCAACCAGGCCUACCAGGACAACGUCACUGUGUUUGCCAGUGUGAUCUUCCAGACCCGGAAGGACGGCUCGCUCCCGCCGCACGUGCACUAUAAGAUCCGCCAGAACUCCAGCUUCACCGAGAAAACCAACGAGAUCCGCCGCGCCUACUGGCGGCCUGGGCCCAAUACUGGCGGCCGCUUCUACUUCCUCUACGGCUUCGUCUGGAUCCAGGACAUGAUGGAACGCGCCAUCAUCGACACCUUUGUGGGGCACGACGUGGUGGAGCCGGGCAGCUACGUGCAGAUGUUCCCCUACCCCUGCUACACGCGCGAUGACUUCCUGUUCGUCAUCGAGCACAUGAUGCCGCUGUGCAUGGUGAUCUCCUGGGUCUACUCCGUGGCCAUGACCAUCCAGCACAUCGUGGCGGAGAAGGAGCACCGGCUCAAGGAGGUGAUGAAGACCAUGGGCCUGAACAACGCGGUGCACUGGGUGGCCUGGUUCAUCACCGGCUUUGUGCAGCUGUCCAUCUCCGUGACAGCGCUCACCGCCAUCCUGAAGUACGGCCAGGUGCUCAUGCACAGCCACGUGGUCAUCAUCUGGCUCUUCCUGGCCGUCUACGCCGUGGCCACCAUCAUGUUCUGUUUCCUGGUGUCCGUGCUGUACUCCAAGGCCAAGCUGGCCUCUGCCUGCGGUGGCAUCAUCUACUUCCUGAGCUACGUGCCCUAUAUGUAUGUGGCAAUCCGAGAGGAGGUGGCGCAUGAUAAGAUCACGGCCUUCGAGAAGUGCAUCGCGUCCCUCAUGUCCACGACGGCCUUUGGCCUGGGCUCCAAGUACUUCGCGCUGUACGAGGUGGCUGGCGUGGGCAUCCAGUGGCACACCUUCAGCCAGUCCCCAGUGGAGGGGGAUGACUUCAACCUGCUCCUGGCCGUCACCAUGCUGAUGGUGGACGCCGUGGUCUACGGCAUCCUCACAUGGUACAUCGAGGCUGUGCACCCAGGCAUGUACGGGCUGCCCCGGCCCUGGUACUUCCCACUGCAGAAGUCCUACUGGCUGGGCAGUGGGCGGACAGAAGCCUGGGAGUGGAGCUGGCCGUGGGCACGCACCCCCCGCCUCAGUGUCAUGGAGGAGGACCAGGCCUGUGCCAUGGAGAGCCGGCGCUUUGAGGAGACACGUGGCAUGGAGGAGGAGCCCACUCACCUGCCUCUGGUAGUCUGCGUGGACAAACUCACCAAGGUCUACAAGGAUGACAAGAAGCUGGCCCUGAACAAGCUGAGCCUGAACCUCUACGAGAACCAAGUGGUCUCCUUCCUGGGCCACAACGGGGCGGGCAAGACCACCACCAUGUCCAUCCUGACCGGCCUGUUCCCUCCGACGUCGGGUUCCGCCACCAUCUAUGGGCACGACAUCCGCACGGAGAUGGAUGAGAUCCGCAAGAACCUGGGCAUGUGCCCGCAGCACAACGUGCUGUUUGACCGGCUCACGGUGGAGGAGCACCUCUGGUUCUACUCACGGCUCAAAAGCAUGGCCCAGGAGGAGAUCCGCAGAGAGAUGGACAAGAUGAUCGAGGACCUGGAGCUCUCCAACAAGCGGCACUCGCUGGUGCAGACACUGUCGGGUGGCAUGAAGCGCAAGCUGUCCGUGGCCAUCGCCUUUGUGGGCGGCUCUCGUGCCAUCAUCCUGGACGAGCCCACGGCGGGCGUGGACCCUUACGCGCGCCGCGCCAUCUGGGACCUCAUCCUGAAGUACAAGCCGGGCCGCACCAUCCUUCUGUCCACCCACCACAUGGACGAGGCUGACCUGCUUGGGGACCGCAUUGCCAUCAUCUCCCACGGGAAGCUCAAGUGCUGCGGCUCCCCGCUCUUCCUCAAGGGCACCUAUGGUGAUGGGUACCGCCUCACGCUGGUCAAGCGGCCUGCCGAGUCGGGGGGCCCCCAAGAGCCAGGGCUGGCAUCCAGCCCCCCAGGUCGCACCCCGCUGAGCAGCUGCUCCGAGCUCCAGGUGUCCCAGUUCAUCCGCAAGCACGUGGCCUCCUGCUUGCUGGUCUCAGACACAAGCACGGAGCUCUCCUACGUCCUGCCCAGCGAGGCUGCCAAGAAGGGGGCUUUCGAGCGCCUCUUCCAGCACCUGGAGCGCAGCCUGGACGCGCUGCACCUCAGUAGCUUUGGACUGAUGGACACCACCCUGGAGGAGGUGUUCCUCAAGGUGUCAGAGGAGGAUCAGUCGCUGGAGAACAGUGAGGCCGAUGUGAAGGAGUCCAGGAAGGACGUGCUCCCCGGGGCGGAGGGCACGGUGUCUGGGGAGGGUCACGCCGGCAACCUGGCCCGGUGCUCGGAGCUGGCCCAGUCACAGGCAUCGCUGCAGUCAGCAUCAUCUGUGGGCUCUGCCCGUGGUGACGAGGGAGCUGGCUACACCGACGUCUAUGGCGACUACCGCCCCCUGUUUGAUAACCCACAGGACCCAGACAACGUCAGCCUGCAAGAGGCUGAGGCGGAGGCCCUGUCGAGGGUUGGCCAGGGCAGCCGCAAGCUGGAUGGCGGGUGGCUGAAGGUGCGCCAGUUCCACGGGCUGCUGGUCAAACGCUUCCACUGUGCCCGCCGCAAUUCCAAGGCACUCUUCUCCCAGAUCCUGCUGCCGGCCUUCUUCGUCUGCGUGGCCAUGACCGUGGCUCUGUCCGUCCCCGAGAUUGGUGACCUGCCUCCACUGGUCCUGUCACCUUCCCAGUACCACAACUACACCCAGCCCCGUGGCAACUUCAUCCCCUACGCCAACGAGGAGCGCCGCGAGUACCGGCUGCGGCUGUCACCCGACGCCAGCCCCCAGCAGCUCGUGAGCACAUUCCGGCUGCCGUCAGGGGUGGGCGCCACCUGCGUGCUCAAGUCUCCGGCCAACGGCUCUCUGGGGCCCACGUUGAACCUGAGCAGCGGGGAGUCGCGCCUGCUGGCGGCUCGGUUCUUCGAUAGCAUGUGCUUGGAGUCCUUCACGCAGGGGCUGCCGCUGUCCAACUUCGUGCCGCCCCCACCCUCGCCUGCCCCGUCUGAUUCCCCAGCGUCCCUGGACGAGGACCCGCAGGCCUGGAACGUCUCGCUGCCACCCACUGCCGGGCCAGAAAUGUGGACGUCGGCGCCCUCCCUGCCGCACCUGGUACGGGAGCCCGUCCGCUGCACCUGCUCCGCGCAGGGCACCGGCUUCUCCUGCCCCAGCAGUGUGGGCGGGCACCCGCCCCAGAUGCGGGUGGUCACAGGCGACAUCCUGACUGACAUCACCGGCCACAACGUCUCUGAGUACCUGCUCUUCACCUCUGACCGCUUCCGACUGCACCGGUAUGGGGCCAUCACCUUUGGCAACGUCCUCAAGUCCAUCCCAGCCUCAUUUGGCACCAGGGCCCCACCCAUGGUGCGGAAGAUCGCGGUGCGCAGGGCUGCCCAGGUUUUCUACAACAACAAGGGCUAUCACAGCAUGCCCACCUACCUCAACAGCCUCAACAACGCCAUCCUGCGUGCCAACCUGCCCAAGAGCAAGGGCAACCCGGCAGCUUACGGCAUCACCGUCACCAACCAUCCCAUGAACAAGACCAGUGCCAGCCUCUCCCUGGACUACCUGCUGCAGGGCACGGAUGUCGUCAUCGCCAUCUUCAUCAUCGUGGCCAUGUCGUUCGUGCCGGCCAGCUUCGUCGUCUUCCUGGUGGCCGAGAAGUCCACCAAGGCGAAGCACUUGCAGUUUGUCAGCGGCUGCAACCCCGUCAUCUACUGGCUGGCGAACUACGUGUGGGACAUGCUCAACUACCUGGUCCCCGCUACCUGCUGCGUCAUCAUCCUGUUUGUGUUCGACUUGCCGGCCUACACAUCGCCCACCAACUUCCCUGCUGUCCUCUCCCUCUUCCUGCUCUAUGGGUGGUCCAUCACGCCCAUCAUGUACCCGGCCUCCUUCUGGUUUGAGGUCCCCAGCUCGGCCUACGUGUUCCUCAUUGUCAUCAAUCUCUUCAUCGGCAUCACUGCCACGGUGGCGACCUUCCUGCUACAGCUCUUCGAGCACGACAAGGACCUGAAGGUUGUCAACAGUUACCUGAAAAGCUGCUUCCUCAUUUUCCCCAACUACAAUCUGGGCCACGGGCUCAUGGAGAUGGCCUACAACGAGUAUAUCAACGAGUACUACGCCAAGAUUGGCCAGUUUGACAAGAUGAAGUCCCCAUUCGAAUGGGACAUUGUCACCCGCGGGCUGGUGGCCAUGGCGGUCGAGGGCGUCGUGGGCUUCCUCCUGACCAUCAUGUGCCAGUACAACUUCCUGCGGCGGCCACAGUGA